UCAGUUUUGUCCUAAUGUAGAGAGUGCAAUAAUGCAGCCAUCUUUUUCCUUGUACUAGUCAUCUGAUAGUGUUAUCAAAUUUCGUCACCAAGUUCUCAGAACUCAAAACUCUUGUGAUUCUGCCAACAUCAUGGCUGAAGCUUCAAUUCUCCCCGCUGAGGUUUUGCGAUCUAAGCAUGUCCAGGAAAUGGUCUUGAAAGGCGAAGAACCACCGCCAAAAUAUGUUUGUAGAGAUGGUGAUGCAGUCAUGAUAAUUUACAUAAGCAUUUCAAAUGCAGUAUGUCAUGGGAUUUCUAGUACAUUCCUAGAUAAAUUUCGCGAAGUUUCAAGGGAAUACUUCGAACAGCCCAUGGAAGAGAAGAAGAAGCAAGCGAAAGGAGUUGAAGAUUUCGAAGGCUAUGGAGCUGACCCUGUACCUGAAGAAGGCCAAUUCUUGGAUUGGUCUGAUAGGCUCUUCCUCGAAGUAUACCCAGAAGAUCAAAGAAAUCCUAAAUUAUGGCCGGAAAACCCAGAAUCUUUCAGUUGUAUAUUAGAAAAAUACUCUAUAAAGAUGAAAAAGGUAACAGAGCUUACUUCCAAAGCCAUGGCUAAGUCAUUAAACAUAGAAGAAAAUUGCUUCUUGACACAGUUUGGCGAACGAGCACAGUACAAAGCAAGGUUUAACUACUACUCGCGUUGCCAAAGACCUGAUCUUGUUCUAGGCUUAAAACCACAUUCAGAUGGAUCUGGCUACACCAUUAUACCGAUGGAUGCAGAAGGUCUUCAAGUACUCAAAGAUGAGCAGUGGUUUACAGUACCUAAAAUCUCUGAAGCUCUCCUAGUCCUCAUGGGCGAUCAAAUGGAGAUAAUGACUAACGGGAUAUUCAAGAGCCCAGUGCAUAGGGUGGUGACUAGCAAAGAAAAGGAGAGGAUUUCCGUCGCUAUUUUCUGUUCACCUGAAGUAAACAAAGAUAUUGGACCGGAAGAUGGAUUAAUCAAUGAAGAAACACCAAGAUUAUUCAAGAAGGUGAAAGGGUACGCUGAUAUACACUGGGGAUACUACCAGAAAGGACAGAGAGCACUUCAUGUUGCCAAAGUGUGAUAUUAUACUGUACUGUUCUGUGUGUUUUGUGCAAAUUGAUAGCUGCAUAGUGAAAGAAAUAGAGCGUAUUUGAUAUCAAAGAAAACAAACAA